AUGGUUCGUACAGUCUGCGAUGUUCAGAUAGGGACGAUAACAUGGUCAGACCAUGCACCUAUACUACUCACGAUACAGGAACUUUUCCCGCAUAAAGGCCAGGGCACAUGGAGAAUCAACGAAACACUACUACGCGACCCACACAUAGUUAAAAGCAUUGAAGAAGACAUUCACACUUUCUUUGACCUCAAUGACAAGGGAGAGACCUCCGUUGACACAAACUGGCAAGCGCAUAAAGCUGUAAUCAGAGGGAGCCUGAUUAAACAUGCCAGCUAUAAAAACAAACAAAGAACUGCUAAACACACAGACCUCAUAAAACAAAUAACGGAGCUGACCCAUGCAAACAAAUUAAAUCCUUCCCAAAUGCAUUACGAGGCCCUUAGAACUUUGCAAACGCAACUAAACGAUGCAGAGAUAGAGAAGACUAAUUACAUCUUACACAAACACCGACAUAAAUUUUUUGCACAUGGUAAUAAAUCUGGCGCUGCAUUGGCAGCGAAACUCAAGGAACGCCUCCUGAACUCCAAAAUAGCCUAUCUGUUGACAGCUGACAAACAAAAAAUUUUGCACCCGCAACAUAUAGUAGACGAAUUUGCAAAAUACUACAGUACUCUAUACAAUCUCAAAGAAGCAGAGGAUACACACGUCCCUACUCCCAUCCAGAUUCAAGAUUUCCUAUCUAAAAUCAAUCUACCCACUCUCACAGACGAAGAAAUAGCACAAAUCACGAGCACAUUCUCAGAAUCAGAGGUGGCUGCAGUGAUAAAUAAACUACCCACACAUAAAUCGCCAGGCCCUGACGGUUUCACGAACCUAUACUAUCAAACAUUUGCAAAGGUUUUACUGCCACACAUGACACAGCUUAUCAAUCACUGUUACACCAACGGUUUCAUGCCAAAAGAGAUGCUUCAGGCACAUAUUUCCACAUUGCCGAAACCAGGCAAACCUGCCGACGUAUGCCCAAAUUUCCGACCCAUAUCCCUACUGAACUGCGAUACUAAGAUUUAUGCGAAAUUGAUAGCAGAGAGACUGAAAGGUAUACUGACACGUAUUGUACACAACGACCAGUCAGGUUUCAUUAAACAGAGACAAGGGUCUGACAAUACUAGGAAAAUACUGAAUAUUUUAGCCCAUAUGGAAACCCAGCACACUGAAGGUCUUCUCCUAGCGCUGGACGCGGAGAAGGCCUUCGAUAGAUUGAAUUGGCAGUACAUGGAACAGGUGAUGCUUAGGUAUGGUUUUCCAUCGUCCUUUAUCAACGGGGUCAUGGCACUAUACACACAACCCUCAGCCAGGGUAACCAACGCAGGCUUUGUCUCGAGCCCAUUUACUAUCACAAAUGGGACGAGGCAGGGGUGUCCACUGUCACCCCUGUUGUUCGUACUAUCCCUGGAACCCUUAGCGCAUAUAAUCAGAAACCACACUCAGAUCAGGGGCAUACAGGUGGGAACUGAGGAAUUUAAACUGGCUAUGUUCGCUGAUGACAUUUGUAUAACCCUGGCAGAUCCGGGGGACUCCCUGACCGAACUUUUGGGUGUGCUCCGGGAAUAUAGUACAAUCUCAUACUAUAGACUUAAUCAAGCGAAGACCCAGGCCCUACCAAUUAGGCUGCAGACGGAGAUGGUACGAUCACUGAAGCACAAACAUAAAUUUGACUGGAGAAAUACCCACAUAACGUAUCUAGGAGUGAAAAUAGCACCCACACUUAGGGGAAUUAGCACACUCAACUACUCCCCGCUACCACAAAUAUGCCGGCAAUUAUUACACAAAUGGAAAGGUGUAUGGUUAUCAUGGCUAGGAAAGAUUAAUGCUGUAAAAAUGGUGAUCCUCCCCAAACUUUUAUAUGUUUUUAGGAUGCUCCCUAUUCCCCUAUCUGCCUCAAUAAGCAAACAAAUACAACGUCUUAUAAACAAAUAUACGUGGGAAAAUAAGAGACCACGCCUGCCGAGCGUACUGCUACAAAUGCCAGUAAACCGAGGAGGGACAGGUCUCCCUAACAUAGCGCUAUAUCACAAAGCUGCAAUACUAGAAGCGGCAAUCAAACUACAUGCCCCCGCAAAUACGUUCCAAUGGGUAGAUAUGGAGAAUAAUUAUUCCCCGCGAUCCUCGCUGGUAGAUAUCCUAUGGACACCCAAACAUCUCAGGGAUAAAAAUGCCACAAUGCUACCUACAUCUAGAACCACAAUCCAAAUAUGGGACCAUCUCCAUAAAAAAUUUGAGAAUAUUACGAAAUUCUCUCCAUGGGCCCCGAUAACAACGCUCCACUCCAUCUCCCCAUGGCUAUCGUUACAUAAAUGGAAAGACAAGGGCAUCACACACAUCACCGAUAUCUAUCAAAAUGGAACCGUGUUGUCCUUCCCUGACAUUCAACUCAAAUAUGCCUUACCAUCUAACUACAUAUUCCCAUACCUCCAACUCAAAAGCAUAAUCAACGAUAGGGUCCACACCCAGACUCAACAUACUCCCGCUCCUAACCCAGACCUUAUAGCUAUAUACAAUAGGUGCCGGAACACACCAAUCAAAGCCAAAGCUUUAUCCCUUGGAUAUGCUGCCUUAGGACAACACCCCCUACUAACGAAUUUCGCUUUUACGAUACAAUGGCAUAAAGAAGGACUCCCACAGCUAAAUAGUGAGCAGUGGCUACAGUCACUUGGGGCACUCAAAGGAGUGACUUCUUGUUACUCACACAUAGAGGCACAUAAGAAACUUGUAUAUCGGUGGUACCUCACACCCCACAAACUACAUAAAAUUUACCCAGCAACACCCAACACGUGCUGGCGAUGCUUUCAAGAGGUAGGGACGAUGAAACAUGUCUGGUGGGAUUGCCCAAACAUUAUUCCACUGUGGACUGAAGUCCAAAGACUGGGCAAUUCUCUAGGGCUUAUGAAGGGAACUCUAACUCCCACCAUGAGUCUGUUGUUUCUGAUGCCUGCUCAAAUUCCUGCACAGGACAAACAACUACUGAUUAUGAUGGCACUUGCUGCGCGCAAUCUUAUUGCAUGCAACUGGAAACAACAGACUUGCCCGACGCUACAGCAACUACUCCACAAGACACAACAGUAUCUGAGACAUGA